AAAUAAAGCUUGGGAUCAUCGUUGUAUAUAUAGUGAUGGAUGAAAUUGAUUCUUCAACCCAUAUCUUCAAAUCCAGACCUUGCUCUCCCUCUCUUCUUCUUCUCCCUUCAUCGUCGGACUUGUGUCUUCUUUCUCAUUCGCAUUCAGAUUUUGAUUCUAAGCUUCUUUCUGUUGCCCAAUCCUUUCGGUUUACGUGAGUCCAGUAGCAAUGAGUUCGCCUUCUAAGACGCUGAGGAAGCUGCAGGUGGUGUCCCCUGUUCCCGCGGAUAUUGACAUCGCUAACUCGGUUGAACCUGUUCAUAUUGCUGAGAUUGCCAAGGAUCUUAAUCUUAGUCCCAAUCACUAUGACCUGUACGGCAAGCAUAAGGCGAAGGUUUUGUUGUCCGUUCUUGAUGAACUACAAACAUCGCAAGAUGGAUACUAUGUUGUGGUUGGAGGUAUUACUCCAACUCCUCUUGGAGAAGGCAAGUCUACUACUACAGUUGGCCUCUGUCAAGCUUUGGGUGCUUUUCUUGACAAGAAGGUCAUCACUUGCCUUCGUCAACCAUCACAAGGACCUACUUUUGGGAUCAAAGGAGGAGCAGCUGGUGGUGGUUAUAGCCAAGUAAUUCCUAUGGAUGAGUUCAAUCUUCAUCUAACAGGAGAUAUACAUGCAAUAACAGCAGCAAACAAUCUACUAGCUGCUGCAAUUGAUACCCGGAUUUUCCAUGAGGCAACACAGUCGGACAAGGCUCUUUUCAACAGAUUAUGUCCUCCAAAUAAAGAAGGGAAAAGGAAGUUUAGUGAUAUCAUGUUCAGGCGUCUUAAAAAACUUGGUAUUUCCAAGACCCAGCCAGAGGAUCUCACACCAAAAGAAGUAACUAAAUUUGCUAGGCUUGAUAUUGACCCAAAUUCUAUUACAUGGAGGAGAGUAAUGGACGUUAAUGACCGGUUUUUAAGAAAAAUUAGCAUUGGCCAGGGACCUGACGAGAAAGGAAUGGUAAGAGAAACAGGAUUUGAUAUAUCAGUUGCCAGUGAGAUAAUGGCUGUUUUGGCCCUCACAACAUCCUUGGCUGACAUGCGAGAGAGGCUUGGAAAAAUGGUGAUUGGAAAUAGCAAGAAUGGUGACCCAAUAACUGCUGAUGAUCUGGGCGUUGGAGGUGCUUUAACAGUGUUAAUGAAAGAUGCCAUUAACCCUACUCUUAUGCAGACUUUGGAAGGGACCCCUGUUCUGGUUCAUGCAGGACCAUUUGCAAAUAUUGCUCAUGGGAAUUCUUCUAUCGUGGCUGAUAAGAUUGCACUAAAGCUGGUGGGUCCAGGAGGAUUUGUAGUUACAGAAGCAGGUUUUGGUUCAGAUAUUGGAACUGAAAAGUUUAUGAACAUUAAGUGUCGAUACAGUGGUUUGACACCUCAAUGUGCUAUCAUUGUGGCAACAAUAAGGGCUCUAAAAAUGCAUGGUGGAGGGCCUGAAGUUGUUGCUGGAAAGCCUCUUGACCAUGCAUAUUUGGCUGAAAAUGUUUCUCUGGUUGAGGCUGGCUGCGUGAAUCUGGCGAGGCAUAUAUCAAAUACAAAAGCAUAUGGUGUUAAUGUCGUUGUUGCUAUCAACAAGUUUUCAACUGACACUGAAGCUGAAUUAAACGCAGUUAGAAAUGCUUCUUUGGCUGCUGGGGCUUACGAUGCUGUAAUUUGUACUCAUCAUGCCCAUGGUGGUAAUGGAGCGGUUGACCUGGGUCUUGCAGUUCAGCAAGCCUGUGAAAAUGCGGCAAGCUCAUUGAAGUUCCUAUAUUCUUUAGAUUCAAGUAUCAAAGAGAAAAUAGAGGCAAUAGCAAAAUCAUAUGGUGCUAGUGGUGUUGAGUACUCAGAGCAGGCUGACAAGCAGAUUCAAAUGUAUACCAACCAAGGGUUUUCGAAUCUCCCAAUCUGCAUGGCCAAGACCCAGUAUUCUUUCUCACAUAAUGCUGUGGCGAAGGGAGCACCAAGUGGAUUUAUCUUGCCCAUAAGGGAUGUGAGAGCCAGUAUUGGAGCUGGAUUCAUAUAUCCCUUGGUUGGAACGAUGAGUACAAUGCCAGGGCUUCCAACGAGACCUUGCUUCUAUGACAUCGAUCUGGAUACGUCAACAGGAAAAGUUAUUGGUCUCUCUUAAAUUUUGAGUGCUGCUCCCUACUAAUAAAAAUGCGGUCAUGUGCAAUUGCUAAUCACGUAGACCCUUCUCAGUGUUCAGUUUCUGAUAUUUUGUUGCAUAUUGCCUUUUUGGAAACGAUAAGUCCAAAAUUAUGAACAUCAGAACCAUAUAUCUUUUGUAUCUGUGUAUGACAUUUGAUGUGUCAAGUGUAUUGGAAUUGUGAGUUUUGGUGAUUAAAUCCCUGGCGGCCUGGCCUACAUCUUAAUGAUCA